CCAAAAUCUAACUGUCAUUCCUUUUCCCUCUCCCUGUCUUCCUUCUUCCUUUCAUCGAUAUGUUUCUGCUACAUAGAUAGCACAAUUGUUCUAUCGUGAUCCCAAAAACAUCAUCGAUCUGGUUCAAAUCAAGAAAUGGAAGUGCAGCGGAUGAGGGAAUUAUUGGCACUUUGGUCAAGCUUGAAAACUAACCGAAUUGCCCUAGUCGGUGGAAACCACACUGCUGCCAGAUUCUGCACUCGCUAAUCACCUUUUUUCCCUCUCCCCCUCUCUUUCUCUCCCCCUUCUUUUUUCUUCAUUUCCCUAAACACAUAACGUUCUAUACCUUCUCUUACCUAACCCCCAUGAAUUCCACACGUUACACAUUGCCACUUCUGGCAUUCUUCAUACUCGCUUCCUUCGUAUUCAUAAUGAGAUCACCCUUGCUGGAAAAAAUCUCCUGUGCCAAAACCGACGAGGUUCUGUCGCUCAUACUCCACCAAUUAACCCAUCAGGGGCUCGUCAAGGAAGCACAACACAAAGCGGUUAACGAAGCGGCUCCGGUUGCGCCGAGAAAGAUGUGUGGUUACGCGAGCGAGGCGAAGAAAGCGGCGCUGCAGAAACUGGAGGACGUGCUUCUUGAGCCGCCAAGAGCGGCUUCUAUGAAGUCGAGGAAGUACUUGAAGCGCACGCGGUUCUUGCCGGAUUUGAUGGGCGAUCCGUUGGUGAGCUACCCUCGGCGCGUUUUCAUCGACGUUGAGUUGUCGGGGAAAGAGGGAGGAAGUGGGAGGAGGUGGUUCAUGGAGAACUACCCGAGGAGGAACAUGCCGUUCGAGGCGUACGAUGUGAAGACGGUGGCGGAGGAGCUGCAGCAGAAUGAGGAGAUAGGGAUGUCGGAGUGGCUGAGGAAGAAUGUGAAAGAGGAAGAGUUUGUGGUGAUGAAAGCUGAGGCUGAAGUUGUGGAGGACAUGGUGAAGAGCAAUUCCAUUGGGUUAGUGGAUGAGCUUUUCUUGGAAUGCAAACCCAAGGUUGGGAGAAGCAGAAGAGCCUAUUGGGAGUGUUUGGCUUUGUACGGACAGUUGAGGGAUGAGGGUGUGGCAGUGCAUCAAUGGUGGGGUUAGGGCACAAACACAAAACGGUGCGUACAAUGUGUUUGUGUGUGAAUCGAGAGAAACAAUUUAAAUUUCUGAUUAAUAUUUUAUUUAUGCGUAUUAAUUAGGGUGUUGUUUGAGAAAGUAUGAAAAUUUGGAAGGGUCGUUUGAAGUAAAGAGCAUCGGAUUCCGCAGUGGACGAAUUUAGGUUUAAGUAACGGAGGAUUUGCAUAUGUAUGAGUAAAUAUGCACAAAAAGGUUUACUGGGCGACAUCCUUCUUUCAUGUUUCUUAGUUUUGUCACUGUUAAAAGAUCAAUUCAAUUCAUGUAUAGCUGUAACUUUAAAAGGUCUAUUAUUAAUUAAUAUACCAUUCUUUAUUAUUUAUAUUAAUUUU